GAAGACCCGGAAAACGUUCCUUUAGUUUUCUCUUGACACGUAUCGAGCAACGAAGUUGGCGGAGUCCAGUGUUGAAUUGUUCAUUGUUGCAGACGGUCAAAAAUGUCAGGGUUUGACAACUUCAACACAGAUUUCUACCAGUCCAGCUACAGUGUAGAUGACCAAGGCCAACCUGCUGGAUAUGGCUACAGUAACACAGAAGACCCCUACAAACAGGGUCAGUAUGACUACUCCCAACCGAUGGGAUACUCAGCCCCAGGGAUGAUGCAACCCCAGCAGCCCUACACAGGCCAGAUCUACCAACCCACACCAGCCUUCACACCUUCCCCCACACAGUCCAUGUACGGCAGCAGCUUUGAUGACGAGCCCCCACUGCUGGAGGAAUUGGGCAUUAACUUUGACCACAUCUGGCAGAAGACCCUGACAGUGCUCCACCCCAUGAAGGCAGCAGAUGGUAACAUUAUGAACGAGACUGACCUGGCUGGGCCCAUGGUGUUCUGUCUGGCCUUCGGAGCCACCUUACUUCUGACAGGAAAGAUCCAGUUUGGCUAUGUGUAUGGCAUCAGCGUCAUCGGCUGCCUGGGGAUGUACUGUCUCCUCAACCUAAUGAGCAUGACAGGUGUGUCGUUUGGCUGUGUCGCCAGUGUACUGGGCUACUGCCUUCUACCCAUGAUCCUCCUUGCCAGCUUCGGAAUCAUCUUUUCUUUACAAGGCAUGUUUGGAAUAAUCAUCGCAGCCACAAUAAUUGGCUGGUGCAGUUUCUCUGCUUCCAAGAUCUUCAUCUCGGCCCUGGCCAUGGACGGACAGCAACUUCUGGUGGCGUACCCCUGUGCCCUCCUCUAUGGGGUGUUUGCCCUCAUCUCUGUCUUCUGAACUGUCUCUGUCUGUCAUCUACACCAUGCAGGAAAACGGCCCAGCAAACCCAACUAACUUGAGGACCAGUAAGAAGCGCUGCUGUGCUGCACCCACAUCACAGUGCAUUGGUGUGGCCAGAAACCCUGUCAGUUUCAUUCCACUUUUACACCCGCUGACAGGGGUCAGUUGUAGAGUAUCAAUUCCAAACCAUUUCGAUUCAGGACUAAGGACCCAUCCACGGACCACUGCAAUCUUAUAUUUAAUGUAAAGCUUGUUCUUUAUUAUGUUUGUUUUUGUUUCUAAGAUUUAUUUGAGCUUUGAGGCCUUCAGAAAAUGCUUUGCACAGGUAUUUUCAAUUUUAUUCAACUGAAGCAGGUGACUUGAAAUUGAGUUGUUAAAAUAAGACCUUGUUGCAUAGUUAAUCUAUCUCUAAUAUCAACAGCUCUCAUUCAUACAUACACAUCUGGGUACUCAGAGGUCUCCUUACAAGUCUGAAAAGACAUGUUUUAUAAACCUGCAAUCAUUUUCACUCCAUUUUCUGUCCUGUUAGGUCUUUCUUAGAACAAUUUAAAUUGCUGAAACAUGAGGCGCUGCUUGACCAAAACUCUGCCUUGUGGCAUUCUCAAUUGUAUUUUCCAGCCCCCCCCCCUCCCCCAUGUGAUCAGGGCUGUGUUGGUUUUGAAGCUUGUGUGAUUCUAAACUUUGGGCAGUCAAAAUGCCUGCGCGAUGACACAGCUGUGUACACACUCAAGUUAUGUACAACAUGAAUUUUUAAAAAGAAAUAGAUAUUUGUGAGGUUUUAAUUUUAUUGUAAGAUAGUUUGUUGUUCAAGAUCAAAACUGCACUGCAGGGCUCCAGCCUACUGUGCUGUCAAAUCAAAUUUAUUUGUAUAGCCCUUCUUACAUCAGCUGAUAUCUCAAAGUGCUGUACAGAAACCCAGCCUAAAACCCCAAACAGCAAGCAAUGCAGUUGUAAGUCGCUCUGGAUAAGAGCGUCUGCUAAAUGACUUAAAUGUAAAUGUAGAAGCAUGGUUGCUAGGAAACUCCUGAGAAACGGCAAAAACUGUUAAGACUUUGUGUAUCCACAUUUUGUUCACGAACAGAAUAGGCGUCACAAGGUUGUCAGCUGUGUUUAAUGGUAUUGUACUACAGGCCGGUCAAACCACACAAGAAGUAUCUCACAGAUCCUAGGAGAUUUUCAGUCUCUUAUCCAUUAUUCUCAUGAAGUUUGUAUUGGAUCGGUUUUCUGUUUUUCACCUCAAGGCUAUGAUGCAUUGUUGAGCUUGUUUUUUUGGCUGCAGGGUUAUAUGGAACACUAGAGUGCAUUGAAUAACUAUUGUCAUAGUUUUAGUCUUUUACUGUUCACUUUGACUACAAUGUGGGUGUGAAUUUUGGUUUCGCACAAAGGUGUCACCUGAAAGGCACGGUUUUAUGGUCAUCAGUGGUUUUUCUCAGUUUUCCUAUAACUUUGUUUUUAUGCUAAGCCUGAGCUCCUGAAGGGAUGCCAUUUUAUAUAGUCUUCCUAAGAAUAAUGAAUAAUGCAAAAUUUAAAUUGAGUGCUUUUCUUUUUCAACAUACUAUACACAAGGGAAUACUUUGCAUUUCAUGCAACCAAGAGCCAUUUACAGUGCUACUCUUUUAUGGCCAAGUAUUUAUAUACUGUGUCAUUUGUUUUGUACUUCUUAAAAGUCCCAAUGUUGUUCUUUUGUCAUGUUGAAAUUCUUGAUCAAUUGGAAAAGCGUCGUGCUUGUGUGGUUUUAUUGGCCACUAUCUAAAUAAAAUAUAGGUUGAUA